AUGGAGGACAAUCCUCGCGGCAAACUUGCAACCCAAGGCCUCCAGGUUUCCAAGUUAGGAUUUGGUUGUGCGGGGCUUAGUGGAGUGUUUGACGGUCCUGUUCCUGACGAGGCACUGAAGGAGUUGCCACGAGAUCAAGUUCAGCUUGCAACAAAUUUGGGCUUGUCAAACAAUGCCAAUGUGAGAGGUGAUGCUGAAUGUGUUAGGUCAUGUUGUGAGGGUAGCCUCUGCAACGCCUUGAUGGGGGAGCUUAAAAAGCUGGUUGAAGAGGGAAAAGUUAAAUACAUAGGAGUGUCGGAAGCUAGCCCGGACACAAUUAGGAGGGCCCAUGCUGUUCAUCCAAUCACUGCUCUGCAAAUGAAGUGGUCCCCUUCGCCGUGGAUUUUUUUAUGGGAAGGCACUCAAAGAAAGUAUACCUGCUGCAGACAGUUAUGUGGUAUGAAGCCAAUACUCUCUCUGAGAAACGAUGAAUUGAGAGAAAUUACAGAGGCGGCACCGAUAUCUGAGGUGGUAUGGGAUCGGACUGUUGAUACUUUAAUGCGCUGCUCGUUGAAGUUUGCCAAAACUCCAUUAAAGCAUAGCUAG